AUGUGUUUGUGUUUUUUAGUAAUCAGAAAUGGCCAAAUGAUUAUGGGACAUGUGAAACAUAAACUCAGCAAAUACGAACUUCAAGACACCCCCACAAACAAGCUCAUUCAAUAUGUCAGGGAAAUAAUCACAAAAUUGGACACCACCAUAAAAAAGAAAAGUACUGUUGGAGUGUUUGGGAAGACAGGGGCUGGGAAGAGCUCUCUGAUAAACGCCAUCCUGGGGGAAACAGAUCUGUUACCCUCAGGAACCCUGUGUGCCUGUACUUCAGUCAUCAUACAGGUUGGAGCCAACUUAACAGACUUCAACUACACAGCUGAGAUUGAAUUCAUCUCAAAAAAGGAAUGGGAAGAUGAACUGAAGAUGCUUCUGAAUGUUUUAUCAGAAGAUGGCGAGGAGAAGGACAAUGCAAUCUUCAGUACAGCAAAUGAGAAGAUUACAGCGAUGUAUGGAGAGGAAGGUGUUUUUAUGACCAUAGAUGACCUCAUGAAAGAUGAUAAUUUCUCAGAAAUUCCAGAGUUUCUCAGAUCUCAAACCAAAAAGCUAACAUGUGAGAAAGCCUCAGAGCUCUCUGACCAGAUUGGGUGUUACGUUCAGCAUGAUGACUCAAAUCCUGGAGGAUGUUACUGGCCAGUAGUGAAGAGUGUGACCAUAAAUGUUCCUUACUGUAAAGAAUUUCUGGAACACAUUUUGUUAGUGGAUCUUCCUGGAACUGGAGAUUACAACAAGAGCAGAGAUCAGAUGUGGAAAUCGAAACUGAGAGAGUGUUCUACAGUGUGGAUCGUAAGUGAAAUAAACCGUGCUGGGUCUGACAAGGAGGCCUGGGAACUUAUUUCUAACAGUGUAGGAGACAUGGCACAAGGUGGAGAGUGCAGCAGCAUCUGCUUCAUAUGCACCAAGACUGAUGACAUCAACCCACAGAAUUACAUGAGAUCCUCAAAGCUCAAGGAUGAAGACUUUCAGAUCACACCAGUGGACUCUCAAUAUGCCAGCAAGAAAAAAACUGCAUGCAUUCUGCACAGGAAUGCUAAAGCCAAAGAAAAAGUGAAAAAGAAUGUCCUUCUGCAAGACCAAAUAAAGACAAAUUUCGACUGCGAUGAUGACUUCUUUUCUGUGUUCACGGUGAGCUCUGAAGAAUUCACCAAAGAAGAUCCAAUACUGAAAAAAGAGGAAACAGAGAUACCUAAGCUGAAGGACCUCUUAAGGACGUACAACAAUAGUCACACAAAUGAAAUGGCGAGUCAAUACAUCGCUGGAGCACUUGGAAUCCUCUCCUUAAUUCAAGGGUUCAAGGAGAUCAAUGCUGAAAUGGUAGAAAAGAAGUCCAGUCUAUACCAAGACUUGGAGAUAAAUCUUCAAAAUGCACUUGGACACUUGCACGAAUGCUGUCGACAAAUCUGCAGCUCUCUGGAAGAACUUCUGUCAAAAGGAGCAAAAGAAUCUGAAGAAAAAUGUGUUGAAACAGCUAAUCAAGUAAUUGCACCGAAGAAGGACGGUCGAGGAUUUCACAGAACACUGACAGCGCUGUGCAAGAAUGAUGGAUUCUACAGGUCUAAGAAGGGAACAACAGAUCUGAAUUCACGCUUGGCUUCACACAUGUUACAAUACAUUAAUGAAGCAUUCAGUGAAUUUUUCCCAGUCCAGGGGAAAGCAACUGAGAAAUCACUGCAAGCAAAAAUGGUUAAGUUCACCAUUGUCAAUGAGGAGGUGAUGGUAAAAUAUGAAAAUUCACCAGUGCUCCGUCACAUGAUGAAAUUCCUUAAAAUUGAGGAAAUGAAGCUGAAGAAAAUGCUUAAACAAAAAAUUGUCGAGCAAAAAAAAACAUUUUAUGCAUCUCUUCCUGAAUCCAUUAAAAGCACAUUGCUGCAAGGCUAUAGGAGUGCUGCUGCUAUUACUGGAAUCGGCUCUAUGAAGAAGAAGCAGACUGAGCUGUUGGAAUACAUAGAAUCAUCAAAGAGUUACAUGUUCCAGAAGGCAAAGAGAGAAAUGAUUGAAAUGAUGGACAGGACAAUGCAUUCCACCGUGGAGGAAAUAAAAACUGGACUAAAGGCGUCAAUGGAGUAUUCGCUUCUUAAUACCAACACCUUGUCCUUUAUGGAUGUCUCCAAAGAGACAGAAGAACUGAAGAAGUUAUCCACUCAGAUCUGUGAUUAACUGUCUACAAAAAAGAAGGUUUUGUGAAACUCCACUAGCGCUCAAUUCAGUAUGUUAUCAGUCAGCAGAUAUUGUCCUGCUUUGUAUGUCUACAUCUCACUAUUUAGAGUGUCUUUUUCUUAUAGUUGCUUUGGGGUCUCACUUCAUUGUACAAUUUUAAUUAUCUACUGCCUCAGUUACAUCAAAAAAGUCUACUGGCCUAUACUUCUCUGUUAGCUAUGAUUUUUUUAAUUUAAAUUAUGCAUUAAAAAUGGCAUCAACAAUAACAUGUGAUGAGAUGAAGUCUGAUCUCAGAGCUGUCACUGUUGAGCACCAGCUGGCCUAAAUCUGAAUACCCUUUCAAUGGCACAACACUUUUGUGGAUUCUAGACAAUUUUCAAGUUAGUGGUUUAUUUAUUAUGGUUUUAAACAAAACAUUUCACCAUAAAAUUCUGAAAAUAUGACAAGUGCUCAGCAAUGGAUGUGAUAUAUUACUAAAAAAAACAUACCCAGGUAACAUUAGCUAAAAGCUGAACACAGCCACACUUCCCCCUUCGAUUUGGCCAGUCACUCUUUUUCUCCUUCACUUGAGCAUAAUAAGUUAGUGAAAUAUUCUAUUAUAUAGAAUGCUGUUUAGGCAUUACCUACUCAUUUUCCAUUUAACAUUAGUCACCAAUGCCAAAUGCCUUUUUUGUAAGCUUGUUUGAAAACUGCAGCAGCCAGAUUUAGAUUAAUCUAUUUCUCUUUUGUUAGUUUAUGUUUUGCCUUAACUGCUAAUUCUUACCCUUACUAACAUGAUUGUAUUUCUGCCAAAUAUGACCAUCAAAUCUAAGGGUAAUUUUUAAUCAUUUUUUGCUACUUGUUAUUUUUUGUUGCUGUAUUUUGUUUGUGUCUGCUCUUUCCUUGCACAAUGAAAAUAAGUAUCAUCUAGUUAUUGAUAACUGCAGGAAAUCACUGUGGUAUACAUUUGUCUUAUUUUGGUAAACAGGGAUUUAUUCAUGAGUGAAAUGUAAAUUCCUUUUAAGUCAAUCAGUUCCAAGAAUCAAGCCCAGAAUAUUGUGAUUUGUGAUUUGAAUGAUGGAAAUAAAUCAAUCAUUUAAUAGACUGAUA